GAGGAAGCUGACGGACGAGUGACGCGCGGCAACACUGUACUCUCCUCACACCAGCAGUACAUUCCCAGACUUCACAGUGAAAGUGUGUGUGACAUUUUUCUCUCCGCUGAAUACCCCCCCCCGCCUUGUCCUACGCCAGACUAUUAGCAAGGAAGCCGCCAUGGGUUCCCGCCACGCCCUGCCCUGCCUGGUGGUGCUGCUGCUGGCGGCCUGGGGACACUGUAGCAUCUCCGUCAUCAACGAGAUCAUUCCCACUGAAGGAGAUGAGUUCCUCAUGAAGUGCAAGGGGGAUGGGGACCUGAGUUACUUCAUGCUGCACACCGAAGGAAAAAUGCUGCAGCCUGCUUAUUACGAGAGGCUACGCAUCACCGUCUUCCAGAAUGCAUCCGUUUUCUUUGAAAGCAUCAGUUUGGAACACGUGGGAACACACCUGUGCAUUCGUAAAAACGGGGGCGAGGACCACGGCUACCGUACCCACCUGGAAGUGCGCCCCCUACCCCCUGACAACCUGUGGGUGAAUGUGUACAGGACCAAGUUCAUAACAGGCUUCAUUGCUGCCAUGAUCAUUGCUUUGCUGUUCAUCCUCGGCUGCCUCGUCCACAAGUACCGCUGGGAGGCUUCUGAUCAAGACACCUCCCCCAUCGUCACCAACAGUGCCUACAUCAACCCCGCCUUGGUCAACGACGACACAGAGUCCGGCUGUAGCACCAAGAUGUAGGUCAGGCCAGAUCAGGUUAGGUCAAAUUAGGUCAAGGUGGUCAAUUUUUUUUAUCAUCUGUAGGUUAGGUCAGUGAGGUUUUAUUGUUAUUAUUAUUAUUAUUAUUAUUAUUAUUAUUGUUAUUAGGUCAAGUUGGGUUAAAAGUGUCAAAGUGAGAUCAAAGGUGGUUUUAUUUGUUUAUUUUAUUUAUUUAUGUGUGUGUGUGUGUGUGUGUGUGUGUGUGUGUGUGUGUGUGUGUGAUAUGAAAGAUUCCUUGAAGUUAGAAAUUAUUAUGUUUGUGUGAUUGAUUGAUAGAGAGAAAGAGAGAGAGAGAGAGAGAGAGAGAGAGAGUGUGUGUGUGUGUGUGUGUGUGUGUGUGUGUGUGUGUGUGUGAGUGUGUGGCUUUUUUUCUUAAGUGUAAUUGAAAAAAAUAUAUUAUGGUUGAUUGUGAAGGUCAAAAUUUUAUCCCUUUUUUAGGCUGUGCAGUAUAAGUUGUCUGUCAUUUAUGUUUAUUUAUGUGUAGUGAUAAAGUAAAAGUAGUGAAAGAAUUAAGAUUAUCCUCCACAUGUUAUUGAUUUAUUUUAUCAUUUGAUAUGACCAGUUCAGUUUAUAAUCCCAGUUAUGUUCCAUAUAUAGUACAAGUUUUAUUGAUUUUCCUUAGUGUAUAUAGUAAGUGUUGUGUUGUAGUGAAACAUUUAGCACUAUUCUCCACUAUAGUCAUGAAGUUACAAUUAGUUUUAACGAGAAGUUUUAAUGUUUAAAAAUGUUGUUUUCGUUCAUUAUUCACACAAACAAAGAAUUGAUAUAGUUAUGUGUAUUGAUCACAAGCUUAACAAAAAAUUAUACUUAGAAAUAAGGAGAGAUGGAAAAAGGUGAAACUAUAGAAAAAAAAAAAAAAAAGAGAGAAAGAAAACUCAUAUUUUGUAUGAAUGUGUAUUCAUCUUGCCCAACACAUGAAAAUAAACCAAAAGUUAAA